GAUGGUCAGCGUCGUAACGACGACACACUCGUGAAUUUAACCCACCGUCUUCACGUUUGAACCACAGAAUAAGAUUUAAGGGAGCAACUGGACAGAAGACACUUUUGUUUUCUGUUUUAAUUUCAUUUCGUUUUCACUAUAGCAACGACGCCUCGUUUCCUAGUUUGGAAUAUGAACAUGGCUGCACAUGGACCCGAGGUCCGAGGGCUUCAGUGUGAUGAGGAUGAAGCUAGGAUCCUUAGAGUGAAAAUCAUUGCUGGGAUUGGCCUGGCCAAGAAAGACAUCCUUGGAGCGAGUGAUCCAUACACGAGAGUCUCUCUGUACGACCCUGUUAAUGGAGAACUCACCAGCCUUCAGACCAAAACCAUAAAGAAGACAUUGGAUCCCAAGUGGAAUGAGGAAUUCUAUUUCAGGGUUCAUCCUAGGAAGCAUCGGCUUCUUCUGGAGGUGUUUGAUGAGAAUCGUCUGACACGGGAUGACUUUCUGGGACAGGUGGAUGUUCCUUUACUUCACAUACCGACAGAAAAUCCGAACACUGAAAGGCCAUAUACAUUUAAGGAUUUUCUUCUUCACCCGAGAAGUCACAAAUCCAGGGUGAAGGGUUACCUGCGUCUUAAGAUGACAUACUUGCCUAAAAACGGCGGCUCAGAGGAAGACGCGGCGGAGCAGACCGAAGACCUGGAUCCCGGCUGGGAGUUUCUGGAGAGCCAGGAUAUGUGCGGGCCUCGACACCAUCACCAUUUGCCUCCGCUGCCCCCUGGCUGGGAGGAGAGGCAAGACAAUCUGGGGAGAACGUACUACGUCAACCAUGACACCAGGACAACCCAAUGGCAACGACCCACUCUGCAAGACUGUCAGACAGCAGCAGAACACAGACAGAACGUUCACAUGGAGGCCAGGAAUGCCUUCAUCACACGCCGACAGAUCUCUGACCAUGAUGAGAGUGAGGACCCGCGCGAGUCCCCCGAGAGCUGGGAGAUCAUCACAGAAGACGAAAGCACAAUGUACAACAGCCAUAGCGAGCUUUCGCCCCCACCCCCUCACUCCCCACACGAGUUUCACUCUUUCUGCGAGGAGCUCAGUCGCCUGCAGGCCGGGGGGGCCCUGCCCGGCGACCGGCGAACUUCUCUAACGCUGCAAGGCCCCGGCAGUCGCAGGGGGAGUGGCCAGAACGUGACCACUGAGGAACACCCAGUGCUCCCUAUGUUACUGCCGACCUCCGUGGGUCUGCCCCCGGGCUGGGAGGAGAAGCAGGACAGUAAGGGGAGAAAGUAUUACGUCAAUCACAACAGCAGAACCACCACCUGGACCAGACCUCUCAUUCAGGUAACCACCUCAGAGGCCACGGCGGCUGCCCUAUCCCAUAACGCCUCGGCGUGUCCGCCGACCGUGAUUCCCCCCGAAGAUUCCCCCCAGCACUCCCCGGGACAGCAGCCGGGCUACGAGCUGACCCUGAUGCCCCCGGGGUGGGAGAUACGCAGCGCCCCCAACGGCAGGCCUUUCUUCAUCGACCACAACACUAAAACCACCACCUGGGAAGACCCCAGGUUGAAAAUUCCUGUGCACUUGAGGAGACGACCUUCGUUUGACCCCUCAGAUCUCGGCCCUCUGCCUCCUGGUUGGGAGGAGAGGGUCCACACCGAUGGUAGAAUAUUCUACAUCGAUCACAACACUAAGACCACACAGUGGGAGGACCCCCGCUUACAGAACGCAGCCAUAACCGGACCAGCUGUGCCUUACUCCAGAGACUACAAGCAGAAGUAUGAAUACUUCAGGAAGAAGCUGAAGAAACCGGCCGACAUUCCUAACCGCUUUGAGAUGAAGGUACGUCGUAACGCCAUACUGGAGGACUCCUACCGACGCAUCCUGGCCGUUAAGAGGCCGGACCUCCUAAAGGCCCGUCUGUGGGUGGAGUUUGAGGGAGAAAAGGGGCUGGACUAUGGGGGCGUGGCCAGGGAAUGGUUCUUCCUUAUUUCUAAGGAGAUGUUCAACCCCUAUUAUGGCCUGUUUGAAUACUCUGCCACGGAUAACUAUACCCUGCAGAUCAAUCCAAACUCGGGUCUGUGCAAUGAGGAUCACCUGUCCUACUUCAAGUUCAUUGGCCGUGUAGCGGGCAUGGCCGUCUACCACGGCAAGCUAUUGGACGCGUUCUUCAUUCGUCCGUUUUACAAGAUGAUGCUGCAGAAACCAAUCACGCUGCAGGACAUGGAGUCUGUGGACAGUGAAUACUUCAACUCCCUCAAGUGGAUUCUGGAGAAUGACCCCACCGAACUGGACCUGAGGUUCACCAUCGAUGAGGAGUUUUUCGGGCAGACGCAGCAGCAUGAGCUGAAGCCUGGCGGCAGUGAGAUUAUUGUGACCGACAAAAACAAGAAGGAGUAUAUCCAUCUCGUCAUACAGUGGAGGUUCGUCAACAGGAUUCAGAAGCAGAUGAGUGCCUUCAAGGAGGGGUUCUAUGAGUUGAUACCUCAGGACCUGAUAAAGAUAUUUGAUGAGAAUGAGUUAGAGCUGCUGAUGUGCGGUCUGGGAGAUGUGGACGUCAAUGACUGGAGAGAGAACACGAAGUACAAGAACGGCUAUGGGCCUAACCAUGCCGUGGUCCAGUGGUUCUGGAAGACGGUGCUGCUGAUGGAUGCGGAGAAACGGAUCCGCCUUCUGCAGUUUGUGACUGGCACCUCCCGUGUGCCAAUGAACGGCUUUGCUGAGCUCUAUGGGUCGAACGGACCACAACUGUUUACCAUAGAGCAGUGGGGUACAUCGGACAAACUGCCCAGAGCACACACAUGUUUCAAUCGAUUGGAUCUCCCUCCUUACGAGUCGUUUGAGGAGCUGAGAGAGAAGCUGCACAUUGCCAUAGAGAACGCACAAGGCUUUGAUGGGGUGGACUAACGGCGGAGGCUUCAGACACUUGAGAGUGGCAGUGUGAUUGCGGAAACUCCACGCAGGGUUGUGAGAGCAGACGCCCGUGCGACGUGCUCCCUCUGAACAGGUCAUCAGUGUAGUGGGUCCAGACAUGGCUGACCGGCAGCCUGCGGUCAGGGACAGACAUAAGGCAUAAUUAUGACGUUUUCAUUUUUGAAGUAUCAGAUAUUUUUUAUCAAGGGCGAGCUAGGGCACUUUCUUAAAUUUGUUUUUUGUUUUUUGGUUUUUUUUUUUUGUUUUCUUUUUUCCGUGCCAGAUGGAAUGAAAAUGGCGUAAGGAAUAAAUCAUUAACUUAAAGGCUCUGUAUUAUUAAUCCUGUCUGAAGUUUACACGAUAAUAUUUUUUUUUUUGUACAAGAAGUACAUUGAACCAUGUAUGUAAUGUAAUGUAAUGAAAUGUAAUGUAUACUUCUGCUAAAAAUCAAUAGGUUUUAUCACUUGCAUUUCAGCAGAUUUAUGCCACUUUAUAUGGUAUAUUUGUAUAAUAAUCUUUGAAAUAUAUCUACACUUAUCUGUGUUGUGUUUUGAGAGAUUGGCGUGCUAGCGUGGCCUUCCCAUUAUUCGUCAGGACAACGAGAGAAACGCAGGGAAAUGAAUCCAGGAUUACUGAAGGAAUUCUUUUUUCAUUACGAGAGCCACAUUCUCUGCGUUUUAUGUUUGAUCGGAAGAAACAAGACUUCUCUUUUUGUUUCAUUUCUUGUUGGGAGGUAUUUGUAAAAAAAAAAAAAAUAUUUGCAAGAUGUGAAAUGAUUAAAACGACUCAGAUGCUGUCUUCUCAACGUUAAAGCUUUUUGCACCACAUGAACCUUUUGGCUUCUGUAGGUGUGUUCAGUGGCCUCUUUUACUGAAGAGAUGAGUGGCUAUGUGCUUUUUUUUUUUUUGCGAUUCUUACUCUGUUAUUUGCUCAGACAGAUUUGACAGACCUUAGAGGGGAAAGAGAGAUGCAUGUUUACACUUUCUAGUAGGUUUACACAUGUCUGAUUGGAAAAUAGUCUCUCCUCUGUACAUCUGAUUUUAUACGUCUUUGCUUUAUCAGAGUCAAGGCGCUUUUCUUUAAAAAAAAAAAAAACCAAACAAACAAACAAACAAACAAACAAACAAAGAAAAAACCAGAAAAAGAAGAAGAAAAAGGAGAGUAGGUUUUUUAAAGUCUUACUGCAUAUUGAUCUUUGCCAAGCAAGCAAGCGUUUCAGAUUGCAUUAAGUUUCAUUUUCUCCUCUCUCUCUCUCUCGCUCUCUCUCUCUCUCUCUCUCUCUCUCUCUCGCUCUCUCUCUCUCUCUCUGCUUUGCCUGCGCAUUUUGACCUGAGUACGCGUUUACUUGUGAACUUGGGAGGAAGUAAAGCACAUUCUAUCUUUUCACUUGUGAUUUAUCAGACUUUCUCAUUUCUAAUGUAAAAUGUAUCAUAUUUUGAAUUCUUUUUUUUUUGUCUUCAAAUGGAUUGACAUCCUUGAAUAUUUGUUAAAUGUCCAGAACAUGGAAUUAGUUAAGAAGUAUAUUGAUAAAGUGUACUACAUUUA